AUGCCAUUGGACAGUGAAUCUGCAUCAACUUCAAAACUUGAAGCUAGUAAAGUGAGUGUUAAGAUACCGCCAUUUUGGGUAGAGAAACCUGAAAUGUGGUUUUUCACCGUAGAGGCACAGUUUAAAAUCAGUGGAAUUACUUCCGAAGACACAAGAUUUAAUUACCUGGUUGCACAACUUGAACCCAAAUUUAUAGAAAACAUAUGGGACAUCAUUCGAGACGACACGCCAAACAAAUAUUCAGCCGCUAAAGAAAGACUUCUGAGCACUUUUAAAGAAAGUGAAAACAAACGCAUCAAGCGAUUGCUAACUGGACUAGAAUUGGGAGACCUAAAGCCCAACCAACUACUCCGAAAAAUGCGUGCCCUUGGAGAUGCUGAUGAUGUGUCUGAAAAAAUUCUGAGAACCUUAUGGAUGGAGAAACUGCCAGACCAAGUAAAAAACAUUUUAAUUGUUAGUGAUGAAGGUACUGAUAAGUUGGCCACAAUGGCCGAUAAAAUUCUUGAGAUGAAUCCCCGGAUAGAACUUGCGAGUGUGGUCCAAGAAGCUGGCCCAUAUGAUAUGUUGCUAAAAAAAAAUUUCUUCACUUGA